GCGGGGGUGGAGCAGCCGUGUCCCCUCCGCCAGGCGGCGUCGUCGGCGCAGAUGCACGGCGCCGGGGCAAGUGCAAGUGGUUCAACGUGGCCAAAGGAUGGGGCUUCAUCACCCCGUACGACGGCGGCCCCGACGUAUUCGUCCACCAGUCGGUGAUCCAGAUGUCCGGAUUCAGGAGCCUGGGUGACGACGAAGAGGUGGAGUUCGAGUGCAAGGCCUCGGACAAGGGCGUCGAGGCCACGGCCGUGUCGGGACCCGAAGGGGGCGACUGCAAGGGCUCGCACCGGAGGCCCAUGUCCAAGAAGCGAUUCCGCAAGAUCAGAUGCUACAACUGCGGUGAGUUCGCGAACCACAUCGCGGCCAAAUGCACCAUGGGACCGCAGCCCAAGCGCUGCCACCAGUGCAAGUCGGCCGAGCACCUGAUCGCCGACUGCCCGCAGCGCGAGGACAAGCGAGCCUCCAAAGGAGGAGGCGCCGUCGCACCCGCGACGACGACGACCGCAGCAGCAACAACGCCGCCGACGCAGCACGUGAGCACAAACGGCGAUAGCAGUCUUCCAGAGGAGCCCCUCGACAACGCCGCGACGGCGGACGAGGCCGUGGAUAACAACAACGCCAAACACGCUACGCCACAGCCCUGAGAG